AUGCACGACAUUAAUCUCACUACCGACAACGAGGUUGUGUACAGCAACAUUGACGCCAGUAAAAUGCGUAUAAAUGAUCUGCGAUUAAUGAUCUCCAAGAAGAUGAUGAAUAAAGCUGAAGGAUUUCGGGAGGAAUUUAAGAUGUUCCCUGUGGGCGCAGUUCAUCCUCACGAGGUUGGCAAAAAGGCGUCAAACAAAGCCAAAAACAGAUUCAAGACAACAUUCCCAUAUGACCAUUCUAGGAUUAUACUGGAAAAGUCAGGAAAUGAUAUAGAUACGACUUACAUCAAUGCAAAUUACAUCGAUGGUGUUGAAACAACAAAACAAUACAUAGCCAGUCAAGGACCAAAGCCAAAUACGUUGGACGAUUUCUGGAGGAUGGUGUGGCAGGUCAGCUCCGGGAAGAUUGUGAUGCUGACAAACCUAAUUGAGGGAGGCACAGUCAAAUGUGGUAAAUACUGGCCAGAUGAAGGGAAGCCACUAUCAACUCAAACAUUUCAUUUGAGACUUGACAAGGAGACGACAUAUGCAUUUUACGCCAUUCGUGACAUUUCAGUCAUGCAAAAGAAGACAAAAGAGGAGCGACAAGUGCAACAGUUCCAUUUCACGACAUGGCCGGAUCAUGGAACCCCUGACACUCUGGAACUUGUUCUUUUCCAUCGUCGAGUAGUGUCACAUGAAACGCACCUUACAGGACAGAUGGUGGUACAUUGCAGUGCUGGUUUAGGUAGAACCGGGACCUUUAUUGCAUUAGAUGCACUUCUCACGAACGGCAGGGAAACGGGAUAUGUCGAUAUUCCAAGAUACAUUAAGACAAUGAGGAAGGACAGAAUGAACAUGAUCCAAAACUAU